AUGUGCGCGUGCCCGGCAAAGCGCGCGCUGCAAGCUAAUGAAUGUAGCAGGAGGAGAAAAAAAAAUAGAGAAGGAAAAACUUCGGUAAAAAUGGCGGAAGGCGCAACGUCUCUGAAAGGAUUGCGAGCGCAAAUGGCUGCAGUUGCCCAAGCGCAGGCUGAAGAGCGACGGAGCCUUGCCGGGAACAACACGGCACCAAUUACAGCCAGCGCUACCAAGAGCCAUGCUAAACCAGUGAUUGAUGGAGCAGUUCUUAGAGUUGAUGAUAAGCUUCGAGUAGCCAAAGAAAGGAGAGAUGAGCAAGAGAAGCAGCAAGCAGUGCGCGGGUCUCAGAUUCUAGAGCGGGAGCAUAAAGCCAAGCUUCAGGUCGAGAGACAGAUGGAGGAGAGACAAAGAAAGCUGGAGGAGCAGCGCAGGAAAGAGGAGCAAAGAAGAGCUGCUGUAGAGGAGAAGAGGAAACAAAAGCUGGAGGAAGAGAAGGAGCACUAUGAGGCAGUGAUGCGGCGCACAAUAGAGCGCAGUCAGAAAGUGGAGCAGAGGCAGAAGAGAUGGUCCUGGAGUGGCCUGACAGAUUCAGACAACAGAAAUGGUGAGAGUGACAGUGGUCCCACCUCUUCCCCAGUCACUAUAGUAAUCUCCCCAGCCUCUCCGAUCUCCAAGCCUCCCAGAAGCCACACAACCCAAGUAGACAAGCGUUCCUCCUCUACUACAAACCUCAAACAGUCUGCAGACCCUGCUAUCAGCAAGCGCCUUUCCUCAUCUGCAGCCCUCCUUAAUUCUCCUGACAAAAGUGCAAAGCGGAGGAGUUCUUCUUUGAACCGGUUGCCUAGCACUGUCCCUCGGGUUUCUAAAGAAGCACAUAAGCAGCCUCAGGUGGAACAGACAGGCCCUGUCCUGAAGAAACGGAGCUCCUCCCUUUCCCGUGUGGGGAAUAGAGCUCCUCCCACUGGUAAACCAGAGAAACCCACACAGGUUGAAUCAGCCCAUCGCCCGUUGGCCAGUCCCUUGGACAGCAGUGUCCUCAGUCGUCUCCUCACCCCCACCCAGGCCUCUCUAGCUAGGAGCAAGAGUGCAGCAGCCCUUUCAGCAAAUGGAGCGGAUGAGACAGAGUCUCACCUGUGUCCUCGAUCAGUGUCAUCCACACCACUGCAGCCCUCCCCUCGUGGCCCCCUGCGGAGUCGCAGCACCGACCGCCAAAAAACCAGCCUCAGCUCUACCUCUGCCUCUUCCGACUCCAUUUCAAACAUUGCUCAGAAAGCUGAAAAGGACAAGACUUCACCGGCUGCAAAACGUCCUCCUUCACCUUCCACAGUUCCCAGUCGCCAUCGUUCUCCCUCCCCAGGCCCUAUUGGUGGACCCACGAGAACGCCAUCACCUGGAGCAGCCAAGCACAGUCCUCGUAAUCGGCCGCCCUCACCCAGUGGAGUGAAGCAGAGGCCUCCAUCACCUCAGCCUACUUCCAAACCACCACCUAUCCAGAAACCUGCCCUCACCCCAACAGGUCCUCCUAUUCUGAGAAAGAGAGAGUCCAAACCCAAAGACACAUCUCCAAUGACUGCUCUAACAACACAGCCUCAAGAUAUGAGCACUUCAAGCCCAGUUUCCAGCACCAAGCCCAAAGAUGAUCCUAGUCUGAAAACUACGGCCGGCACUAACUCUGCUGCUGAAGCUGCUAAGAUCCUGGCAGAGAACAGGCGUCUGGCUCGUGAACAGAAAGAGAGAGAGGAACAGCUCAGACUACAGAGAGAGGAAGAGGAGAGGGUAAGAAAAGAAGAGGAAGAACGUCUGGCUGAGGAGGAGAGAGUGAGACGUUUGGAGGAGGAGAAGGUUCGGGCAGAGGAGAGAAAGAGGGAAGAGGAGGAGCAGGCUCAGAAGGCAGAAGAGGAAAGAGAGAGACUGGAGCUGGAAGAACAGCAGAAACGAACUGAGUUACAGAAAGAGGCAAGAAACAGUAUAAGCAUCACACACAUAACCGAGACUGAUGGAUGUAACCGUUGUGUGAUUUUUUUAUUGAUUUUUGUGUUGCAAAAAUUGCAGCGAGAGGAGGCAGAAGCAAAGGCUCUGGAAGAAGCAGAGAAGCAGCGACAGGAGAGAGAGCGCAUCAUGCAGCAGAACCAGCAGGAGCGCAUGGAGAGGAAGAAGAGAAUCGAGGAAAUUAUGAAAAGAACCAGAAAAAUGGACCAAAAUGAUUUCAAGGGUAACGAUGAGGAAGGCAUUCCAGAUGAGAAUGGUGACGAGGUUAAUGACGAGCUAAACUGUGAAACCACGGAGGACCAAUUUGUGGCGUCAGAGCAAGAGACAGAGUUCGUCAACCAAUCAGACAUUCAGGAGCGAGCCAUGUCUUCAGAAGAAGCUCAGCUUAAGUCAGACGAGACUCUUGACAAUAUGAAUGAACAGGCCAAAGUGGACGACAAAGAAAACAACAAUGGCCUCAGUGCAGCACAGCCCACAGCCAUCAGUAACUCUUAUACAAAGACACAUCUGGUGGAGGGCUCUGAAUUUGUGAAUCAGGACUGUAACAUGGGAAUGAAUGGGAAAGCAGGGUCCUGGAGCUUUGAAGAGUUCAUUGAUCUCGGGGUUCACACUAAAGGCCGGCCACUCAUGGAGCCCGAAACCUGUAAUCAGGGUCUAAUAGAGUGUGGUGUGGCACCUGAAGGACCCAGAGUGGCUUUUGAUGACAAGUCGGCCCCUGUGAACUCCCUCCACCCUGCUCAGCCCAUUGAAGCCCUGUCCGAGAUUUGAUUUGACAUCUUCACCCAUGGAUGGUUGCUAAUUGCACUGCAUGAUGUUUGCCUCGUCGAGUUUCACCUGAACAGCCAGAGAAAGUGAAUCACACAGGACCUCGACGUCUGCACCUCCAUCAAGAAAAGUUGAAUAUACUUUUUUUGUUUUGUUUUGUUUUGUUUUGUUUUCUUCAAAAGAAAAAUGCUUCAGGGAAACAUAAUCUUCCAUUAUGCUUUAUUUUCUGUUUUCCUGUCUUUCUUUUUCAUUGAUGGCAUCUAGUCAGUUAUCUUUGUUUUGUUUUUUCCUCUCACCAAUAUUUAUGUAUUGAUCUUUUUUUUUAUGUUAAAUCUUGAGUAAUUUAUUCUUCUGACUUCUUUUAUGACUUGUUGCUUUCUGUAUUAUCUUUCUUUUUUUCACAUUUGUAUUCCAUUUUAUUUUGAUUAGGUGUUACAUGUGAUCCCAGUUAGUCAGUGGAUUGAAGCAGAAAAGAGCAAUUAAUGUGAAUUAACGCUGUUGAGGUCGGAGGAGGAAAAACCUCCAGCGGUCUCACACUGGUUUAAAAUGUUCGUGAACUGAGUAGUGCUCAACUAUUUGAAAGCUUUUCAAGAUCCUCAUGAAUCCGAAAUACCAAGAUACUCCUCUCUCUCUCUUUCUCUCUCUCUCUCUCUCUCUCUCUCUCUCACUCUCUCUUUAUAUAUAUAUGUAUAUAUGAGUGAUAGAGAGGGAGCACGAGCCUUAGCACGGAUUCUUUAAAGUUACACUGAUGCAUGGGGCGCCUUACCUGCAUUUUCUGCUUCUUCCCAAACUAAUGUGAUCUCUCUGGCCAUUAAGCUGCUUAUUGUCCUCUAGCAAAUCUUGGUCAAGAUAUUUCAUACAUUAAGUUGACGAAAAUAGGAACUGGUAAAAGUGCUAAAUGUCAGACAGCUGAAAUCUUUUCAAAUUGCUUUAGUCUUUAAAAGAUGAAGGUUCUUAAGCAAAAAGAAAAAAAAAACAUAUGUAACUUGAAUGAAGUUUUAACCUUGUAAAUUUCAGGUUUGUGGCUGUGGCUAUUGCCUUAAGCUUACAUUUUCUUCUACAUAUUACGUAAAUGUAAACACAGUUAGGCAUUCACAUAGAGUCUAAUUUAAGAGUAUACUAAAACGAUGGAACGUUAGCGUGAAUUUCUACAUUACAUGCGAACAUGCCGUUGCAGCACAUACGAAUAUUACUGUAAACUCUGUUUAGGUGCAUGUUGUUCCCUGUAGGAUGUUAGACAGAGGGGAUUCUCUGUUCUGUUUUCAACGCUUGAAUAAUUGCUAGUGUUCUGUUAAACCCCACGUUCCCUCAGGGUCGGAGCUCUGUCAGGUUUUGGAGACCACCAUUUUUAUUUCUCUUGCUCUCACUCUUUUUAAAUCAUUAAUCCAGUGGCUCAGCCAGUUUUAUGUUUUGUAAAAUCGAUCUCACAUAUUAAGAUAAUAUUUAAAACGAUAUUCGUACUUGUGUAAGUAUUAUGAACAUGGAUCAGUAUUCGACUGUUAUUCUAUGACUUGGGGGAUGUAGGAUGUGGAAGGGAAGUGUAAUUUGGUUGGUUUCUCUCUGGCGCACAUCUGUACUGCUGCUACAUAACAGCAUCUGAUCUGGAACAUCAAAAAGCCUGGUUUUGUUCGUUGUUUUCUGGGGAAUGAAUGGAGGAGGAAUUUUGAACGUUGCAGGAGGUUGUGUGCAAGUCAUGUUGUAGAAAAUAAAAACGAUUGAUCAUUCCUCUACUCUUGAUUUGAUAAUGAUCGUCUUGAUGUAAAUGCAUAGAAACGAAACACGUGGACUUUGUUUAGAAGUCAAAAAUGCUGGAAUCAGGGGUGGUGGAUACAGAAGAAAGGUUCGGAGGACUGCUAGCUAAAAGAAUUCAUAUCGUUUGAGUUUCUGUCUGUUUACUCGCACUGUUGUCAGUCGUUGCAAGCUUGAAGCUCAAGUGCUUUAAGUGUCGCGUUGAUGGUUAUGGGUUCAUAGUCUAUUUCAGGACUGCUUGGGCUUUUUUUAAUACACUAGUUUACACCGCAGUAACUAAGGCCAAUGAGCAUUGGGCAUUUGACUAUUUAAAAUCGUAGUCAUUCACUAAUAAACUAACUAGCAUCAUUCCUCUCAUAACACUCUUUCCAAUAUAGACAUGGAUCACUUAAAUGAAAGGUGUCGUUUUUUUUUUUGUUGUUGUUGUUGUUGCCACAGCUUGAAAAUUCAUUGGCAUUUUUCUAAAAGACUCCAUAGUUUACAACUUUAGAUUGAGGACCCGAACACUGUCCGUAAUUCCAGUGGUGACACUCGGCAAACACUCAGGCAUGAAAACAAACCCAUAAGCCUGUACCAAUAAGGGAGAGAUGUGCUGCAGAACACUUCUUUCAUUUGAGCCUUUCAGCAGUCGCUCCCUACCACGUGGUGUACAAAAAAGAUGCUAAACACCCAAAGCACUUGUAGUCUUGCGGUGGCUGUUUUCAAACGCAUGCAGUCAUUAUGUGUAUUUUUCACGUGUGCUGCUUUUGCAGGAUGCUACCAUGGUCACUUGGACAGGGUCACACCAGUACUGUUGCUGCUGCUUUUUUUUGUUGUUGUUUGUUUUUGUCCCAGGACCCUGUAAACCUUUUGAGUGUUUUGGAGCUGUUCUCUAGCUUGGAGUGCUCACCAUGGCUGAAAGAUAGAACGGUGCCUUAGGAAUAGAGUGAGACAUAUUUAUUUUCAUAUAUUAAUAACUCAAUGUUUCAUGAUGUGCUUUCGCUGGCCAUGACAAUCAUUUUACUUGACCAGUGCCCUAAAUAGUAUGCAAUUUUCUGUAUCUUGAAAUAGAAAAGUUCUAAUUCUACUUGUGAAAUUUCCCAAACUGUACUGGAAAAUAUAUCAAACUGUUUAAAUAAAAGUUUUGUUAGAUAAAAGAAGUCAGUUUUUGAUGUAAAGUUGCCCAUACCUACUGUAAUAUACUUGUGCUUUCAUGAUGCAUAAAUGAAGGCUUUAGACGAAGCUUGAAAUUUAUUGUUCAGAUUCAAUGUCACUUCACCCGAAAUGCCAUGAAUAAAGUAUAUACUAACA